GACCAGCACCAUCACCGCCAUCAUCAUCAUCAGCAUCAGCCGGCUUGACAGGAGAGAAGGCGUGGCGGACAUUGUUUACAUUUAAUAUUUUGACCUUUUCUGGCAUUUCCUAGCCUCGUGUGACCUCGCCAUUGACUGGACGGGUGGAGGAGGUCAUGAUGUGCAUGGACAUCCCAGCCCUCCUCGCCCCACAAGUCCGGAAGUACGAGUGUCUGCGGUGCGGCGAGACACAGCCAACACACUCUCAGUACAUUCAACACUGCCUGGCUCACAUUGGCAUCACCAUAUUUCUGUGUCAGGUCUGCCAGCACCUGUUCCACACCCACACGCAGCUGGAGACCCACACCGCAGCCGAGCACGAGGGUCAGAAGAGGAAGAAGUACAGCUGCGAAGAGUGCGGUAAGGAGUUCAACAACAAGACUCAGUUCGGGAGACACUCGGACAUACACGCAGGGAAGAAAUUCAUGUGCGAACAGUGCGGCAAGCUUUUCAGUCAGAAGGGGUACCUCAAAGUCCACCAGGCCAUCCACAGCAGCGUAAAGUCGUUCAAGUGCGACGUAUGUGGGCGGAAGUUCACCCAGAAGAGUACGCUGGUUCACCACGCGGCCGUCCACACAGGAAAGCGAUUUAACUGCGAGGAAUGCGGGAAAAUAUUCAGCCGUAAGAGCUAUUUGUCGUACCACCAGAAGACGCAUAGGGUGGAGGAGGGCGUGGGGGAGGUGAGGAAGUUCGGGUGUACCCAGUGCACCCGCGAGUUUAGCCACAAAGGGGACUUAACGCAGCACGUAAGAAGCGUCCACCAGGGCAUUAAAUUCGGCUGCGAAAUUUGUCGCAAGGAAUUUACGAAGAAAAGCAACCUAGCCAAGCACAUCAAGACACACCAGGAGGACGCGGAAGGGGCGGAGGAGCUGGCGGAGGUGCAGGUGGAGCAGGAGGUGCAAGGAAAGGGAUCUACUAAGGAAAACGUAACAGGUACUGGAAAAAUGCUGAGGAUUUUCGACGGGAAGAAAAAGGUGUUGAGGGGUCAGGCUCCUUUAGGGAAGAACAAGGGGAGGAAACGAAAAAUUAAGGGGAAACCGUAAAAAAAGGUGGGGAAAAGAGUGUUGUUGUUGGGGAAAACGCCAUAGAAGAGCGAGGAAUUGUGGAUAAAGUGAAGGAAAUAUGAGGAAAAUAUGAAAAUUGAUGGAAAAAAAGGGGGAAUUCAAGGGAAAGAAACACAAAAAAUGCCGGAAUUGUUGAGGAAAAUGAAAGGGAAAAACAAACAAACAGACGUAAAUAAAGGAAGUGAUAGGGAAAAAUGAAAAAAAAUGAAAAAAAAUGAAAAAAAAUUAAAACAAAAAAUUGAAAAUGAAACAAAAAAAUCUGAAAAAAAUUGAAAAAAAGGAAAAAAUAAAAGAAAUCGCAAAAAAACUGACAAAGAAAAAUAGAAAUGCAAAAAUAAGGAGGAGGAGGAGGAGGAGGAGAGGAGGAGGAAGAGGCUGAAAAAAAAUAUUGAAGAAGAAGAAGAAGAACAAGAAGAAGAGGAGGAGGAGGAGGAAGAGGAGGCAAAAAAUAAAUAUUGAAGAGGAGAAGAAAAAGAAGAAGAAGAAGAAGAUGAAGAAGAAAAAGAAGAAGAAAUUAUGUAAGCUAGUCAGAGAGAGAGAGAGAGAGAGAGAGAGAGAGAGAGAGAGAGAGAGAGAGAGAGAGAGAGAGACAGAGAGCGUGUCAGUUUUGCAGUGUUGCCAUAUCCUCAUCCUUCAAUAUACUACUACUACUACUACUACUGCUACUACUACUACUACUACUAUUAUGUAUAUUUGUAUGUAUGUCUUUAGAAAUAGUUAUUUAUUUAGAGAUUAUAAUAUAUGAAAUGAG